GAGGCAGACCCCUGGCUGCAGGGGGACCCGUGGAGCGACGCGGCUGGGAACGACCAUGCCGGCUGGUGGAAUUCGUGGAGAGAAUGGUGGGGCUCAGCCAGCUGGUGGACCGGCUCGCAGGUGAAUGAGUAUGCAGACCACUGGUGGACCAACUCACCGGCGAACGAGGGCGAGGUCUGGGUCACCAUCCAGAGGCCGCGGCAGCCGCCGCUCCCCCACGGGCUGAUGCGCGGAGCGGCCGGGAGUGAUCCCGCCACGGCGCAGGCCCCUCCGUCAGCACCUGCGCCGGCGACGCCGCCGGCCCGGCCGCCCGCGGUGACGAUGGCCCCAGCGCAGCCGACCCAGCCACUCGCAGCAGCAGCGACGGAGCUGACGGCCGAAGCGACGCAGGUUCCGCCACCGCCACGGCCGUGGGCACCCACUGACGGAGGAUCGACGUCCACGUGGCGCCCGUCAGACACACAGGGCCCUCAGCCGUGGGGAGGCUUCGAGCAUCUCGAGACCUACGUAGUGGCCCUGCGGCGAUGGAGCAGAAGGACGGGCCUGCCGGCAGAGCAGCAGGCGGGCAAGGUCAUCGACGGCUUGCCCGUGGACAUGCAGGAGAGGCUCCUGCACUACGCGGAGGAGCUCGACGCCCCCGGCGGCAUCGAGGUCCUCAUCGACUUCCUGAAGAGGUGCCGGGGCGACCAGGACGGCGACGAGGCCAAGGAGAGCUUCAGGCUGGCACUGGAAGACACCGAGAUGAGAGCGGGGGAGUCGUACACCCAGUACGUGAUGCGCCGGGACCUGCAGGUGAAGUCGGCGAAGAGGUACGGGCUCGAGCUCCCAGAGCAGGUCCAGGUGCAGCAGCUGAGGAGUGGAGCGAACCUGAGUGAACAGAAUGCGAUCAACCUGCUCUCGAUCACCCAGGGACGUGAGGAUCUGGAGUCGAUCAAGCAGGGUUUGAAGAAGAUGGACGUGAAAAAGAAGAGCAGCCAGAAAAAGUCGAGGGUGCACGCGGUCGGACACGACGAGGACGAGGACGACGAAGAGGUGUUCGGCAGCAGCGAGGUCUACCUCGAGCUGGAGGAGGACCUCAUCCUGGACACCGAGGACGCGCUGGCCUUCUACGAGGCGAUCGCCAACCAGGAGUUGGACGAGGACCAGGCGGCGGCCGUCCUGGCCGCGGUGCUGGACGAGAAGAGGACCAAGGAGGGCCGGCCUCGGAAGUGGGCAGAGUCGCGAGAGCUGAAGAAGGCCAUUGCCCGGGACCGCGACUUCUUCGACUCCAAGAGAGCCGGAGGCCGGGCGGCGCCACGCCCGCCAGCGGGCAGGCAGCGCCUCAGCAUCGCCCGCCUCAAGGAGAGGACGCGGUGCGCCAACUGCGGUCAGAAGGGGCACUGGCGCAAGGAGUGCACCAAUCCGUACAAGCCGAAGCAGAUCGAGCAGCGGCCCAAGAAGGAGCUCGGGGGGAAGUCGCUCUACGUGGCGGCGGACUUGCUUGACGAGGGCGACGGCGCCUUCCUCGUCGGAGGGCCUCGGAUUCGGGAGCUGUUUCGGAACGUGCUGAUCGGCGAGUCCUGCGAUCGAGGCCAGGCCAGGUGGGACUCGCGGGGGAACGAGGCGAUCCCGACGGCGGAGAACUGGGGCCAGGUGGGCCUCGUUCGAGGUCAGAGGGAGCAGCUCCCGAUGACAGACCUGGAGGAUCGGAAGCUGGGCAAA